UGGGCAUUGAUGGCCCUUUUGGUGAAGCCAGGGUGCAUGUCCAGAGGAACCCGGAGAGUUGAACGUCGUGCAAGGCAGCAAGAAGGCUUGAUUUCGUGAGAGGCUGAGGGCAUCAAGCAUUGGACAAGCGUUUAACGAAGGAUCUGAAGGAAGGAUUGAGAGUCGUUUGUAGAGCACGAUUUCGCAGGUUGUUGAACGAGUUGCGAUAAGCUGGAACUCAGCAAAGGAAGAAGUAUAUUUCGCGCACGACGAGGGGAAGGCCGCCUCUUCAGACACAGAGCUGAGAUGACUUAGAAAGCAGGUCUUAUUCUUGAAUCGGAUGGCAAAGCAAGGAGAGUCCGCAGGGAAGCGGGGGCCAGUGGAGGCGGCAGCCCUCUUUCCAAGGUUGCAUGUGUCUCAUGCAAAGAGGGAUAAUGGUCCAAGGCCCCCUCCAAGGAACAAGAUGGCUUUGUAUGAGCAAGUCACGCUGCAGGCCUCGCAUCCAAAAGCUGCAGGAGCAUCAGGAGCGUCAGCUCCUACCUCGCAAGAUGAGGGACCAGGGGGCAGCGGGAUGCAGGCCCCAAAAGCAAGAACACAACCAGAUGGAAACCUUCCAUCCAUGUCAUCGUAUGGAAGCCGCUACGACUAUCCGCAGCACUCCAUGCCGCAUCCCCCGCACCUGCCACAGACAUCCUUCUCCUCGGCUCCUAGCUAUUAUCCUCAGAACACCUUCCAGAGCCGUAGCAUGACAGGCAGCCAGGGAACGGCCUUGAGCUUGAGGCUUCCUUCUGGAGCUAGCAGCGUUGGCAGUGCCUCAGAAUGGGAUCCAAGUGAGGCACAAGCACUCCCUGCUGCCUCUCAUUUGUCCCAGAUAGUACCAGGGCCCCCCUUAGGAAGGCAGCAGAGUGAGGGGCCGAGCAGGCCCCGGCAGGGCGAGGAGGAAGGGUGCAUUGUUCCUAGCUUCCAGACCCAGGCACAUCUGGUGCCUAUCCCACAGGCGAGGGCAAACCCUGGCACAUCUGCUGCUCACGAUGCCUCGGGGCGGUGGGCCUGGUGGUCCUGGCAGCAGCAGCAGGCCUCGUUUCGGGCGCAGAGGCCGCAGGAAGGCCUGUCAGAGUUUGAGGAGCAGUCCAGGCAGCGGCGCGUGGGGCCUGUUUCUCUUAGGGCCCCUGCUUACUCAGGCCCCAAACCAGCAGAGUCUGCAUAUGCACCGACAGAGCAGGACCGGAAAAUGCCUGAAGCUGUGUGGAAAGGGGCUGCUGGGGAGGAGGGGUUGCGUGCCCAGCGUCUGGCGCUGCAGAAGCAGGCUGCAGAGGACUGGAGGAUGGCAGCAGAAGCGAGCGGGCGGCAACUAGAGGUGGCGGCGCAGCAGACCGAGGCGAGCCAGCAUCAGGCGCAGCUAGACUGCAAGGGGGUUGCGGAGGAGGUCCUGUUCGCAGCGGAGAGGAGGGCAGGCGCAGUGGCUGCACAGCAGGAGGUAGCUGCGCAGAUAAAGGCGGCCAUGGGGAGUCAUUCUGAGGGGGAGAAACAGGGGCUUGUGCCAGUCCUGGAUGCAGGGGGCAGCGAGGGGUUGCCCAAGCGGCCUCCUGGGAAGCCAACCCUAAACAUCGAGGUUCCUGAGCUGAGUACACAGGCGGAACUGGAUGGGGCUGUGGCAGGGGAGCCUGAGGGGUCAAUUACACAGGAGGUUGCGUCAGGGUUGUCAGAGCCUGCGGUUGCAAGGGCAGCCCCUAGCGUGAACAUGUCCUCAGGGGGGGGGGCUGCCAAGCAGCGGCCUCCCAAGCCGCGCAGCGAGGGGACGUAUGGCUUUGUCAGGCAUUUUCAGUCGUGUGUCCAGCCUGUGUCCCUGAAGGGCAACGGGGACAGCUCCCCAGAGGUUAUUGAAGGCAGCGAGGGUGGUGGAGCGGCAGGGUUUAAGGAUGCAGGAGCAAGCCAGAGGGCUGGGUUCCAGGUGGGGAAACGUGCGGAAGGAACAGAGGGGCCGGGGCAGGGGCACGCAAAGGGCAGGAAGAGAGCGAGCGCACAGGCCAACAGGGCCACGCAGGAAGCUGCUGCAGCGGUAGCGGCGAAGGCGGGUCCUAGCCCGAGCGGGUCUAGCAGCGGGGACCGCAGCGGGGGGGCAGGGGAUGGGGACCCCCCGAGUGUGUGUGACGUUGAGAGCAACGGGGCAGAUUCAGCAGCGGCGGCGGCAGGCAUCCUGCCUAAGGACGUCGUGUCGGUGAUUGGGCAGCACGGGUUCUGGAAGUCGCGGAAGGCGAUGCAGCAGCAGCAGAAGAAGUUCUCUGCGCAGCUCUUUGAGAUGCACCGCCUGGUCAAGGUCCAGAAGAUGUUUGCGGAGAACCCGGACUUCACCACCGAGCAACCCCCGCCCCUCACUUCCACAAAGCGCCUCCACCCUCGUGACUCUCGCUGGCCAGAACCCUCAACAGCUGUCACUCCCGAGCGUAGCGCCGUCAGCGACGUACGGCGUAACCCCUUCUCCAUUCCCCAAAACAGUGGGUCCGUCAGCCACGCGGACGCCUUCAAGGCGGCCAAGACUUCCGAGUUUGGCAACCCGAGCAGCACGCGCUACGUUGCUUCCAAAGUGGCGCAGAUCAGCACGCAGUACGGCCCGCGGGAGGCCGUUAUGGCUGCGCAGGAGGCGGCAAGACGGUCGUUCCAGGAAGUCAGCUCGGCGACAGUGGCGCCGGUGAACGUCCAAGCUGCGGAGGCGCUCGCUCUAGUUGCGCAGCGAGUGGGGGAGUCGUGUUCCAAGUUGAUGGCGCACCGAGCGGAGAGCGAGAAGUCGGGGGGGCAGGCGGUCUCUGCCGAAGACUCGGGGGCGCAGGUGGUGUUGGAAGAGGCGACCCGGCUGUCGGCGACGCUCGAGGCGAUGAGGCCCCAUCUGCAGGGGAACACAGCUCCGGCCAUGCCAAACCCCUGGCUGCAGAACGCUCUGGCGGGGGCGUAUGGGGCCUACUACCCGCAAAUGACGGCAUUCUCCAACCCUUACCUCAACCCUGCCAUGUACAUGCGUCAGGCGCAGAGCAUGAUGGCGGGCUACCCAUCCUACGACUCAGCUUCGGCCUCCUUUUUCGGGGGGGAGGCAAUGUCAGCGCCAGCUGGGGGGGGUCCAUACGGGUCAGCAGCAGGCGGGUAUAUGCCCAUGUACCCGAAGUAUAGCGAGCUCCAGGGGGCGGCAGGCCUUAACCCGGCCCUUAACCCCUGGAUGCAGAACCCUGACCCGGUCACUGCAGCCUGGCUCGCCACCAUGGCGGGUGGCGGCGUGGCCCCCUGGAACCUCCCAAAUAAUGCAAACCACCCGGCAGGUUUCACUAACCCUCAGAGCGGGUUCCCAGGAGGGGCUAACCCGAUGGGCCCUACUCCCAGCCACUCCUCCCAGUCCGCCAUGCCAGUCCAGAGCUCGUGGGCCAAUUUCAGGGGGCCCGAGGAGUAUUCCAGCGGGGCGGGCGACGCGUUUGCAUACGACCAGUUCCGUCCGAGGAGCUCCGCUGGUCGGGACGGCCCCACGCAGAGCUUCAGCGGGCUCUCUCACUCGUGGGCGGGGGGAAUGCCGCAGGGGGGGGCUGCGAGUACCCGUUUAAACUUCGCGUCUCAGAGCUCAGACGCGCAUGGGGAGUCCCGGCAGGGAGACUGGAGCGAGCAGACGUUCUCAGCGGGGGGAGGGGACGGAAUGCUUGGGAAGCGCAAGGAGGUGGAUGCGCACCCGCGGUGGUCCGGUUGGCCGCAGAGGCAGGACUCACGGGGGACAGCGGAGGAUAGUUUUCAACACGGGGGCCGCAGCGAGAUGACGCACGCGGGGUCGUUCUUCAGCCAGUCGCACCGGAUAAAGGGCGGGGGGAACGACUCGGAUGAAGAUGCGCUCCGAGCGGGCAGGCUGCCUGGUUCGCAGUUUUACUCGAGCCCCGAUUUUUCGGAUCAGGGGGGUGCGGGGGAUGGCGGCAAGGAGGUCAACGAACUGCAGCUGUUUCCGGUGAAGUCCGAUGCGGAGAAGAAGAGGGGGGCAGCGGCCCCGAUCAAGGUCGUCCCGAGGGCGGCGUCCGAGACUCCCGACCUGGGGGUCAGCAUUCUGAAGUCUAUACAACGGGAGCGGUAGUGUGAUGGCCUCUUAGAAAAGUUUGCUUUCCGUAUGGUUCUUGUUGGUCGCGUGUGUUUCGUGGGCGGUAGGGUUGUACAGCAUUUUUUAGAGGUCCAACAGAUUGGGCUUAAAAGAGCAGUUGGUCCGCAAUGACCUUGAUUGAUCGACACUCGGUAGAUGGUAGGGGAUUCUUGGCCUUCAGCCCACCGCUGUGGUGGGGUGAAGGCGAGCUUUGUGCUUGAAUAUCUCAGUAGUGUUGUUUUGACAGACCCACCACCUCGGCAAGAGCUUUCAAGCUUGCCCGAUGAGACAUACUGAAAUAUCAUUGGCAGUUGGCUUGAUGCUUCAGGCCCUACUUCUGGCA